AUGCGACAUCAUGAUGGCCCGUUUGAGUUACCACUACCGGAGGACAAUGCUACUGCAAUGCAAAUCAUGUGUUCUGUCAUUCACUUCCAGAACGAUAAGAUCCCGCAGACCCUCCCCGCUAGCGACGUCCUUGCUGUCGCCAUCGCCGCAGACAUGUACGAUUGCACGAAAGCCCUACAAUUUGCCAGCAAGUCAUGGCUCCGGGAAUUAAAAGCGAAACCGGAGGACCUUAUGCUUCUUGCCGCCGCGGCAUACCUCGUCCGUAAUGCCCAAUCGUUCAGGGAAAUCACUGCUGCUUUAGUCCUCAACCAUCACGGGUCUUAUGUCGCUCUCUCUGGGGAAGAUACUGCUUCCAUCAUGCCCUGGGAGGUAUUAUACUUGCUGGAAGAGCAAAGAGGCUUUGCAAAGCUGCAAUUGGCAGAGCUUCUUAUCAGCGGAGUCAGCCUUGCGAACUGCGAUUACAAAUGUGGAUGGACAGGCAGAUAUGCUUAUGAAUACAUAUGGAAAUUGGAUUUCGACUGGCUUUGGCCUGUGCACCUCUCUAAACAGUCUAUCACGGCGGCGCUACAGAAGACGGAGACAAUGUCUGAUCCGCUCCCUUGGGAAGAAAGCGUUCCUUGUACCGACGCUCGCCACCACCAUGAAGCCAUCGCCGCCACCAGCUCAAUCACCAGCCUCCUCGACUUCUCUCUUUCGGUCAUCAAGACCCUACGCAGGGCAAGCAACGCAUUCAUCGACGCCCCUCAAAUAAUUUCGAACGUGUCGAUUCAACUUGAUGAUUUACAAGAGGUCUUGGAGGUAGUUCAAAAAGAACGUGAACUUCAAGCUGACUCGGUCGAAGCCGAACUCGCUAGAUUGAAGGUCACCCUUGGACAAUUAGAGGCCGUCUAUAGCAAGCUGGACAAAAGGGCAAACAAAAAUGGGAUUAAACAGUUUAUGCAUACGCUCUGGGAUCAUGACCGAGAUGUCGAAGAAAUCAGGGAGAUCUUGGGCCGAAUCGGAUCCCACCAGGAAUCUCUUACUAUCCGCAUUUUGGUCAUCAAUGCAGGACUAGUCGGGACCUUGAGAGAUGGUUAUCAUUUGAACGGCGCAACUUUGACUCGAGUCGAUCAGAAUGUCGCCAAGGCUCUAGGCGAAGGCGUCCGCAUUAGGCGAGUCUUGGAAGAUCGAUCACUUCUCUCCAUCGAAGGGAAUGAAGAAUUAGCCAAUUCGAGCGGUGCUGACAGGGCGACUAUUAGGGAAGCCACUGCAAACAUUUCCUCAGAGGCAUCCGCGGACAUGGAGAAAUACGUUACUCGAAGACUGAAGGCUGGCGACGGUUUCAUAUACCACGAGGGGGAUUUGGGAUUGGACUUCUCAAACACCACAAAACAGAAGUCGGUCAUGGAGGACAUUGAGCUUGGCAAAGAAUCGUCUGUCACUCGUGGCAAUAUUUCCAAGGAUGCUUCAGAAGCGUUUAUUGCAGGCUUAUGGGGUCGACGAUCCUGA